AUGUGCUCUAAACCCUCAAAGAAUUUAAGAUUUGUUAUUGAAGAAUAUUUAUCUCAAAUUGCACAAACCUUCGAUACGAAAGGUAUAAUCGCAUCAUUCGUUUUUAUGGACGCCGGUGACAUAAUGGAACAUGAAAUGAAGCCGAAUGAACAAGAUCAAACAACAAACCAGAAGACAGAUGACUCUUUGAAAAGAAAACAAGUUGAAAAAUUCAACGUUCCGAGCAAAAAAUGGAAUAAGAUGCUGGAAAAAGCUAGAUUAAAUCAAUCUUCUCUGUUGUAUGUCUUCGUCGCUGUUUUGGCCGUAAUGUUCGUUUGGUUGAAAUUUCUAGGAUGGUCCGAGAAUUGGAAAUUCUGGGAAUGGUUUGGAGACCAUAUGAAGUAA